AUGUCCGGCGCCCAAGAGAGACCGCUCAAUGAGCUCCUUUCUCGCUCCAUGGUCGACAUCUACGUGGGCCCUGAAAACACACACUGGAUCCUCCACGAGAAACUGCUCUGCCACCACUCUCCCUUCUUCCGCAAAAUCUUCUACUCCAAAACCUCGCGCACAUCCUCGUUCGGGCUCCCCGACGAAGAAGAUGCCCCCUUCAAGACCUUUGUCGGCUGGCUCUACUCAUCCUCGCUUCCUGUCCCCCGCGAAGAAGCCGACUUGGGUCUGCAAUAUGACCUCUACCUCAUGGCGGAGAAAUUUCAGAUCCCUAAUCUUAUCGCCGACGUGUUGCAGGUUGUGCGCGAGUGGUACAAGUUCAGCGACUCGUACCCCAGCCUGAGGCGCAUACAGUAUGUCUAUGCCAAUACCGAGGAGGGCAGCCCAAUGCGCCACAUGCUCGUCCACAGCGUCGCACGUAUGGUGGUUUUGGAGAAGGGCAUCCCAGCGCACUGGGACAAGGCGCUGCGGAAGAACGGCCAGUUGGCCGUUGACAUCAUCCGUGCGAUCCAAGACUGGAGACUUGACGAGGAGAUUGUGCCCGACGCGCGCGACGAUCCCGCCGAGGGCGAGGAGCUCAUCGACGUUGAGGAGGAGACAGAGAAAUUGGACCGCGAGGUCGAGCAAGAAAUUGAGGGCGCCGACUCUCAUGAGAACGAAGCUGAGGCUGAUAACUCGGGCGAAGAC